AGAAUGAAACGAACAUCAAUGUCUGAUUUUUUGGCUCUCUUACUAGUCCUCACAGUUUCUUUCUGUCAAUGGAAGGAAGUUUACACAGAUGAAGAAUGUUUCCCUUUCGGUCGUGAGGUCGAUAUAGACGACAUCCUCAAGCAAAUGAAAACAAUCGGUCGACGUUCAAAACUGACGUCUAAAGAAAGCAUAACUGACAAGUCAUGUUCGGGAAAUAAUAGAAACGAUUGCGUAAAGUCAAUGGAAACGAUUUCAUCCAACUCAAAUGAACAAAUGGUGGAAAUGAAAAUUGGUUCUGACGAACCUUUUAAAAGAAUUCCAUCAUCCAAUUCUGACAUUGGUACGGGAACACUGUACCUAAAUGAUGCCAAGGAUGAAGCGACUGAUAACGUUUUGGAUUACUCGUUGGACUCGGAAAAGUCCAACCUCAUAUCAAAUUAUGAUUGGGAUUCAUCAGAAAUUUUCGUGCAUUUGAACUCAACAAAUGACAGACAGAAACGGUCGAUGGACGACGGUGUGUCAGAUAUCCUGCAGCCCCUCAACGGAGAGAGACAGGCACGUCUUUUCUUCAACUACGAGAGCGCCGCCUCCUUCAACCUUUCCCUGCAACUGAGAAUUCCACUCAUCGCCUUCAAAUUGCCGGGUGCGAACGACGUGACACAAGACCUAGAGGACGGCAACGCGUUCGGCAAGUACUCGCUCUUCAACCUGUACCUGCUGGGGGCGCUGGCGGUGGCCAUACACACCACGGCGCAGGGGUCGCUGGACUCGGAGGAGCCCAGCCCAGAGGCUCCCUUGAGGCGCCUCGAUCCUGCGCCGCCGUCCCAGGGUAACACCAGCGCGCUACCGUCGACCGUGCACGCCGCUCUCGAGGAUGUCGUCGACGUGCUGAAGGAGGAAAACGCCAAAAGAAAAUUGAAAGUUUCGCAGAGCUCCGAUGCAACAAGCUUCAACUUCGACGACGAAUUUUACAUCGAAGACGUUCUUAUGCACAUAGAAGCGAUGAGCUCAAAGCAUUCGUACGAACCAGCGCUUGCUGACGAGUUUUGUUCAGAAGAAAAUUCUACCAACUGCAGAAAAAAGUUGGCAAAUACGUCACAGCAUUCACUUCAACAUGAGGAUCAAAACUUUUAUUCCGAAGCCUACGACAAUAUUCAAACGUCUAUUACAAGCUUAGAAGCUUUGACGGUAAUUAAUUCCACCAAUCAAACUACCGAGAUGUCUUUAAAUUCUUCAAUGGACGAAGAAAAAUCCAAUCAAACAUCGAAUUCAUACUGGGAUCUAACGAACAUUUUCUAUCACUUAAACUCGGAGGAUGAAAGAAUGGAAAGGCCGCUGGAGGACAGAAUGUCGUCGGAAACCCAGCUUCUGACUGCCGGUGAAAGGCAAGGUCGGCAAUUCAUAUUGUAUAACAGAGCUGCAGCCUUCAACUGGACUGUGGCCUUCACCGUGCCGCUCAUCGCCUUCACUCUGCCCGGAGCGGGCGACACAAGACAUGACUGGGAGGACAACAGCGUCUUCGGGACGCUUGUGUUCUCUCAACUUUUCAUGGUGGCGAGUCUCGUGAUCGCCUUGUACACCACCACGGUCGGCGAGAUAGGGGAGGAAGCACCGCUCCAGCCUCUUGGGAGAGCGUUUCGUACUUUAGGCGACUCGAGAGCGCUGUCAGAGGCCGUACACGGGGCGCUGGAAGAGCUCGCCGACGCGCUGGAGGUGAAGUCUUGUACACACCUUGCCACAUGCGAGGCCUACACCGACCUGCAUGCAAACAGCCUGCUCAGCCUGCCCUUCAGGGCCUACACACCGUGAGUUAUGAGUUACAUUGUACACACCUUGCCACAUGCGAGGCCUACACCGACCUGCAUGCAAACAGCCUGCUCAGCCUGCCCUUCAGGGCCUACACACCGUUACGGGACGACGUAACUGACGAGAGUGUGCUGACGUCACUUGAGGUCGCCGCACGUCGCUCGUCAGGAUCAGGAUCAUGUCGCAGGGAAUAUCCUUGCAUCGUCGAUCCCUUUGAGCUCAUGAACCUCGUCAUUGACUGGGUAGCUGGGAAAUUCUCUUCUUGAUGUCGCUAGCACUUACUAAACAUUACAUGAGAAUAAGAACCUGUUAACUUACAUAUUGUCAGUAAUGACUUCGUUUGGAAAUUUCGAUAAAGAUUUGACUUAGCUAGGUUUGAAAUAAAAUGUCUUAGGGAAUUGUUCGAUUUAGGCGUCUUGGUUGAAUUGUAAUUUAAAUCGCCUAAAAGUGACAAACGGAAAUUAGACAUUGAUAAUGACUCCUGGCCAUUAAAAUCAUGGUGAAUAAACGAAAUUUAACACAAUUACAAGAAAAGCUGGAAGCAACGAUUGCAAUUUUGCUUCAAACUUUGUAGUACCGUUAUUGAGAAGCAUAAAUUACGCUAUUUUUCACGCAUUGUAUGUAAAGUCGAUCUACAGUAAUUAAUUCCAGAACAAAAAUUCCGAAAAAUCUAGUCACAAUUGAGUUAAACAAGAAACAGAAUUCUGCCACAGGCCAAUAAAUAUAGCCGUGAAUUGUUUCAAAAGUUCGAAAUAUAAGUUAAAAUUCAAUUUUCAGGCGAUAAAGGGCUGUAGAGAUAUUUCGAAUAGUUCAUAAGGGCAUUGAUGGCAUGGCAAGUAGAUUAUAAGGUCAUUACAGGCAUUGCAAGUAGUUUAUCAUUGACUAGCAAAGUCAACAUAGGCUCUCGAUGUAUCAUAUUAAUCGUUCACGUUGUGCACAAUGAAGCCCCCUACAAUAAUUAUUCUCCGCCAAUUUAAGUUUGUUUUUCCAAACAAACUUGACUGAUAAUAGGCCUGAGAUGAAAUUGUUCUCGUACAGUCAUAGAACUGCGGAUCAGCCUUUUAUUUGUAAGGAUUUGUAACUGAACGGUGUUGGGUUACGUUCUUGUAUUUUGAAUAUUGUCCAGAAAAAUCAGAUAUGGCUUGUUAAGGCAUUGCAAGAUUUAUGACAAGUCAAAGAAGUUUUAAAUUGAUUAAAAGGAAGGAUUUUCCUUCAAAAUUGAACGAUCUUACGCCAAGACUUCGUACAAAUAAUUUUCUAAUUGAAUUUCAUGAUGAGAACUUGGAAAAGUUUGUCAGGGAAAAAUUACUCUUGGUUUUAAGUAAAAUUCAAUUACUGAUUUCAUUUCAAUGACUACUUUGAACACUGCUUAGUUUGAACAUUUUUGAAAAACAACACUUUGUUUAAUGAUUUACAUAUACGAUGAUCUGAUGAUUAUGACAGUCAGUUGAAGCCAGUUGCUUCAUGGAAUAUCGCGUGUGCUGCAGUUUUUUCUCCGAUCCACGAUGUUCAAAUGUAUUGAGAUGGGCUGAAGUGGAUUGAGAAUAGGAUUUAGUGUAAGAUAUUAAUUAAUAAAUUAAUAUUAAGUAAUUAAAAUAUUUCGAGUGAUCAGUUAUCACUCGAAAGAAUAGCUCGCUAGAUACAUGAAAAUCAUUUCAAGAUUAAAAUCAGAAUGGGAGAAAUUUUAUGCUCAAAGCUGCGUAGAUACGUGUUAAGCACAGUUAAGUUUUUACAUCAUUUAUAACUUGAUAUAUUUU